CGGGGCCCUGGGGGGCGGCCUGCGGUGCGAGCGGCUCCGCGCUGUCGAUGCGGGGCUGCCGUUCUGCAGGCGAUGAGCGGCCGCGAGGAGGAGGAGUGGCAGGCUCUCAAGCCCCGGGAGCCUUCUCCAUCGCAGUGCUGCGGCGGCGGCUGCGAGCCGUGCGUCUACGACGUGUACGAGAAGGAACUGGAGCGAUGGGAGCGGGCCAGAGCAGCGCGAGACAAAAACCUCCUCGUGGAGAAACAGGGGGAGAGUAGUAAUUCAGAGCUCAGUCCGGAUGCAUUUACUGCAUUCACCAUAAGCUCGGUGCAGCAGCUAACAGAGGACACCUACCAGUACAGGUUUGAAUUACCAGGAAAUGGCAGCCUGCGAUUGGGUUUGGGACAACACAUCGUGUUAAGAGGAGUGGUGAAUGGUUUGGAGGUCCAGCGAGCCUACACUCCCAUUAGCCCAGGGAAUGCAGAAGGUUACUUUGAAGUUCUAAUAAAAUGCUAUGAAGCUGGGCUAAUGUCACAAUACAUAAGGACUUGGAAAGAAGGAGACACGGCCUUUUGGCGUGGGCCAUUUGGAGGGUUCCCAUAUCGACCUAAUAAGCAUGGAGAACUCCUCAUGCUGGCUUCUGGCACUGGUCUUGCACCAAUGCUUCCCAUUCUCCAGUCCAUAACAGAUAAUGAAGAGGAUGAAACCUUUGUAACUCUUGUUGGCUGCUUUUGUACCUUUGAAAAAAUUUAUUUGAAACCUCUUCUCCAGGAUCUGGCCAGAUACUGGAACAUCAGAAUAUUUUACGUCCUAAGCCAGGAAACUUCACUGGAAAAUCUUCCUUGGAGCUAUCAGGAAAACACAUACACUGGUCGUCUAAAUGAGGACUUGAUAAAGACAAUAAUAAAUUCCUGCCGAAGAAAGCCAUUUGUAUUAAUCUGUGGAUCUUCUGCAUUCACUGAAGACAUGAACAGAUAUCUGAAAGCUGCGGGAGUUGAAGAAGAUUCCUGUUUUGCCUUUUAGCAAAGCAUUCCUGAACCAAGGAGCGUCAGGCCAAGAUUAGGGUAUCUUGUUCAAAGACAUUGCUCGAAAUCAGUCAUCUCAAAAGACUCAGAUCCCUAUGCCUAUAGUUUCAUAGGCCUUUGGAUUAAAUAUAUUUUUCCGCUAUGGUUCUCAGUCUCGAGAGUUUUAAAGAUCAGGUGAUCUUCCAGAGUGGCUGCUAUAAUCACCAUACCUGAAGGAACUGCAUAGUCUUUUUAGUGGGAGCCUUUACAUGCGGUUUUGAGAGACACCUCUUAAGGAUGUUAAGAAGCAUCCAAGUGUACACGUCUGCUGUAAUAUGAAGACCAAUAUCUUGCUUUGAAGUCUGUUAAUAUGCAGUGAUAUUGUGCCCCAUUGGUUGUACCCUGGAGAGAUUUCUUUCUUGGGAGAAGAUAGUGAGGCCACAGGAGCAGCAGAGCACUCCCUGUGCCU